UAGGAAGUAUCGCCAUUUUUUGAGACACCGAAAAAAAAAACAGUUUUUGAAUAUAUAAAGAUCUAAUCUUUGUUGUUUCACUUGCUCUUCGUUCUUCCUUUGUUUUCACCAGCUAAAAUCCAACAACACGGGAACGGUAAUGGAUUUGUUCCUGAACGCCAAAUCGGUGCGUCUACGCAGCCACCACGACAAAUAUCUUCUCGCCGAGGAAGACGAAGAAUCCGUCACUCAAGACCGAAAUGGAUCCUCCAAAAACGCCCGAUGGACCGUCGAGUUCGUGCCCGGUUCUCAAAACAUUAUCCGCCUCAAAAGCUCUUACAACAAGUAUCUUACUGCUUCGAACCAGCCUUAUUUACUUGGGAUGACCGGUCGGAAAGUGAUUCAAACACUGCCUAGGAGGCUCGACUCAUCGGUCGAGUGGGAACCCAUCAGAGAAGGAUCUCUGGUUAAGCUAAAAACCCGGUACGGGAACUUUUUGAGAGGCAAUGGAGGGUUACCGCCUUGGAGGAACUCGGUGACUCACGAUAUUCCUCAUCGGACAUCUACUCAAGAUUGGGUAUUGUGGGGUGUUGAUAUUGUGGAGAUUCAAGAAAAGCCUCUGGCAAGUAAUCAACAGCUAUCGUUCCCUUCUACUCUUCCUCAUGCAGAUUCAUUGGACUUUGAAUCCACUUCACCUUCUUUGAUUUCAGGCAAAUCUGGGCAUUUUUCAAGACAAGAGUCAAGUGAUUCUUAUGUGGGAUCUCCACCAAAAUCCGAAGGAAGAACAAUAUACUUCCAUGUUGCAGAUAAUAGUACUGGUGAAGUUGAUGAUGAGGCUAUUGAGGGAUACUCUUUCAGUUUUAAGGGUAAUGGUGUUGAUGAACUGACUCAGAAAUUAAAGGAAGAGACGGGGCUUGAUGAUGUUGUGGUGUGUACUCGCAGUCCUUUGAAUGGAAAGCUCUUUCCUCUUCGCUUACAGCUUCCUCCUAACAAUGCAGAUAUGCAUGUUGUUGUAGUUCCAUCAGCAUCAAAGGUGGCAAGAGAUUUUGCAAAACAAGGAAUAAAUCCGUGAGCUAAAUCCAGGUAAUGCCACGGUUCUUCAAAAUCAACAUGCUCUGUACAUCCUACUCAAACUCUUCUUAUAAUAGCUAAAGGUAUUCGGUGAGUACUGAUCCUGCUAUGAGAGAAGGUCAUCGUUUCAAGCUGCUCGAUACUUGCUUCCUUAC